AUGCAACACACUGGGAGAAAUUCAUUGAGCUCAUCCUUGUCGUCAAUUCAGAACAGCAACAAUAACAACACUAUUGGAGGAUCGAACAACAAUCAUUCACCAUCCAUUCCGUCUUCAUUACAUACGACAUUGACCGAAGGAUCAUCAGCAAUUCCCUAUAGCACAAGCACUCACGGAAUUUCUCCUCAUCACCAGUAUCAUCCUCACCACUCUUCAUCCAUGACUCCUACGGCUGCAACUCUGAUUUCUUCUUCUUCACCAUCAUCAUCCACUCAAGGAAAGGAAAAGGAGAUAAAUUCGAAUAGUACCAGCAGCACCAACAACUUUCCUUCCUCUUUUCAGUCAUCCUCGUCAUCUUCACCUCCACAACAACAUCAUCACCAUCAUAAUUCGUCCAAUAAUACGACCACUACGACAACUCAUCACCCCCAAGAGCAAGUGACCACUACGACAACCACUUCUCUGACCACUACCAAACAACAAGCACUGAAAUCUAGCCUUUUAAUGACGACCACUACGGCUGUGGUGCUGAAUAAUACCAACUCGGCUGCCAUUAAUACUUCUCUGACGACUUCUGUUUCAGCAUCAUCCUCAACUGUAAUCCCAACUUCAAGCAAUCUGAAAUCACCACAACAUUCACCACGUCCAAGAACCAUUAGCAAUCCCCAUGCCUACAGCUAUCGGAACACACACUAUGGCAAUCCAUACCCUCAGACCAGUGCUUUCAUGAAUUGGUUUUCUUCCUUCUCUGGUAGUUCGGGACAUAAUUCUCACCACAACAAUUUCAAUUCUCCAAUUAUUGGAGCAUCCAAGAAGGAAUUUAAACACUCCAUGCCCUUUUUACGUACUUGCUUUAUGAAGGCUAGGACCAGUAUCGUCAUUCUCCUUAUAUUAUGUGCUAUUGCUUCUCUACUUUUUGUUUUGAAUUUACGUUCCAAUGUAUUUUCCAAAAUUCAUAAUACCAUUAGUACUGGUGUUGAUGAUGCUCUAGAAACACUUGAAGAAGCCAAUACCAUCUAUGAUGCUAGUUAUGAUAGAUAUCGUAUUCCUCUCUCCAAAGACCAAGUAGAACGACCUGAUUGGGAAAACAUUCAAAAGAACGACCCUAGAAAGCUUCGGAUACAUCCCUCUGGAAGAAAGCAAGCUUCGGAUUCGAGAAGAAGGAAGAAACACGAGACCUCUUCCUCGUCAUCCUCUUCAUCAACAACCACACAACAACAACAACCACAAAUUGAAAAGCCAACACCCACACGAAUUGUUGCAACUCCACCAGCGUCAUCCACAACAGAACAACCAAAACUUGAACAAGAAAACAACAAGGCUACAAAAACCACUACUACCACCGUACAUCCAGACAUGGGUCCAAAAGUCAUUCAACACAUGGAUGACAGCAACAAACAUCCAAUACCUGUAAAGCCAGAACCAAUCACCUAUGUCAAACCACUCAGACCUGAUGGAAAUGAUGUGCGUACGGAGGUUCCAAAACCUGCAGUGGAAAAUGAAGAAAAUCCAGAUUUUAAAAUUGAUCACAUCUAUGUGAUUAACUUGAAAAUUAGAGAAGACAGAAAGUUAAAGUCAAUCCGAAGACUCAACACUCUCGGUGGCAUCUUUUCAAAUUAUAGCUUCUUUGAACCUGUGUAUGGAGAGGCAUUGUCUGACAAGGACAUCUUUAACCACGUGUCAAUAACAACUUAUAAGGCCAUUGCAGAAGGAAGAAGUCUUGAUUAUCAACUUGCUACCAAGGGUGCAGUUGGAUGCUAUCUGACACAUACAAAUAUUUGGAAAGAUAUGAUUGAGAAAGGUUAUGAGAAAAUUUUGAUUUUUGAGGACGAUUUUGAAAUUACUAGUCCCUAUGACGAAAUUAUGACCUAUUUCGCACAUUUACCAAAAGAAUUUGAUGUAGCUUUUAUGUAUUUUAGUCUCUUCCCUGGAAGUGGAGAAUUUGAAAGAUACAAUGAUUAUUGGAUGACAACAUCAGCAACUAGAGUCUAUGGAGCAGCUAGUUAUAUCAUUACUAGAAAGGCUGCCCUAAAGUUAUUGGAAAAAGCGUUCCCAAUCGAUUUACAGCUAGAUGCUUUUAUUAACCAUUAUGUGACAUUCACCGGUGGUUUAAGAUUAUACUCGAAUAAGCUUCUCUUUGGACAUGAAAUUAUUGAAUUAUUCAAUACCAAUGUCCAAGAUUAUUGCUGGAAAUGUUUUGCAAAUAUUUUAAUGGACAAUUUCCUUUCCUUUGAUUUAGUGAUGAAUGUAUUCAUUGUUGUGGCUGUGGUUGUUGUAAUUUUAAUUCUCUAUGCCAAGUACUUUUCAAGAAUACUUGCUAAUAGAAAGAAGGGAAAGCCAGAACGAUUAGCUGAAUGGGCUCACAAUGAAUGA